AUGGCACGCGUGUCUCGGUCCUCCGCACCGCGCCUCCUCUACGCGCUCUGCUCCUCCUCGUCUCGGUCACCGGCUGCUUUCCUCCUGGGCGGCGCCUUCCAGCUGCGGCAGUUCUCAUCCGGUAACGCGGCUCGUGCGAAGGCUGAGAAGGAUCCUUGGUGGAAGGAGUCGAUGGAGAGGCUCCGAAACAUUGGGAUCUCGGCGCACAUCGACUCCGGGAAGACGACGCUGACGGAACGGGUUCUGUACUACACGGGUCGGAUCCACGAAAUCCACGAGGUGAGGGGCAGGGACGGCGUUGGCGCUAAGAUGGACUCCAUGGAUUUGGAGAGGGAGAAGGGAAUCACCAUUCAGUCUGCUGCCACCUACUGCACUUGGAAGGACUAUAAGAUUAACAUUAUUGAUACACCUGGUCAUGUUGAUUUUACCAUUGAGGUUGAGAGGGCUUUGCGUGUCCUUGAUGGUGCCAUUCUGGUUCUUUGUAGUGUUGGUGGAGUGCAAAGUCAGUCCAUUACUGUUGAUCGGCAAAUGAGAAGAUAUGAUGUUCCAAGACUUGCAUUUAUAAACAAACUUGAUCGCAUGGGAGCAGAUCCAUGGAAAGUGUUAAAUCAGGCUAGAUCUAAGCUUCGACAUCAUAGUGCUGCAAUGCAAGUUCCAAUAGGUUUGGAAGAGGAUUUUAAAGGACUUGUUGAUCUUGUGCAGUUAAAGGCCUACUAUUUUCAUGGUUCAAGUGGUGAAAAAGUUGUCACUGAAGACAUUCCUGCAGAUAUGGAAGCAUUGGUGGCAGAAAAAAGGCGAGAACUUAUAGAAACUGUGUCAGAAGUUGAUGAUAAACUUGCGGAAGCUUUUCUUGGUGAUGAGACCAUAUCAUCUUCUGAUCUUGAGGAAGCAGUUCGUAGGGCUACCAUAGCGCAGAAAUUUAUACCAGUAUUCAUGGGUAGUGCUUUCAAAAAUAAGGGGGUACAACCACUUCUAGAUGGUGUAAUUAGCUAUUUGCCAUGUCCAAUUGAAGUUAGUAAUUAUGCCCUUGACCAAACUAAGAAUGAGGACAAGGUUGAGUUGCCUGGAAGUCCUGAUGGGCCACUUGUGGCAUUGGCUUUCAAGUUGGAGGAAGGGCGGUUUGGUCAGUUAACAUAUCUAAGAAUAUAUGAGGGUGUAAUUCGGAAGGGUGAUUUUAUUAUUAAUGUAAACACCGGCAAGAAGAUCAAGGUGGAGGAAGGGCGGUUUGGUCAGUUAACAUAUCUAAGAAUAUAUGAGGGUGUAAUUCGGAAGGGUGAUUUUAUUAUUAAUGUAAACACCGGCAAGAAGAUCAAGGUUCCUCGCCUGGUUCGGAUGCAUUCUGAUGAGAUGGAGGACAUUCAAGAGGCUCAUGCGGGGCAAAUAGUUGCUGUAUUUGGUGUUGAUUGUGCUUCAGGAGAUACAUUUACUGAUGGUUCAGUUAAGUACACAAUGACUUCUAUGAAUGUUCCUGAGCCAGUGAUGUCGUUAGCUGUACAGCCGGUCUCUAAAGAUUCUGGAGGGCAAUUUUCAAAAGCUUUGAACCGCUUCCAAAAGGAAGAUCCUACUUUUCGUGUAGGCUUGGACCCAGAGAGUGGGCAGACAAUCAUUUCUGGAAUGGGGGAACUGCAUUUAGAUAUCUAUGUUGAACGCAUCAGGAGAGAGUAUAAGGUUGAUGCUUCAGUUGGAAAGCCCCGUGUUAACUUCAGAGAAACUGUUACUCAACGCGCGGAUUUUGACUAUUUGCAUAAGAAGCAAACUGGAGGUCAAGGUCAAUAUGGACGAGUAAUUGGGUAUAUUGAACCACUUCCUGCAGGGUCAUCAACUAAGUUUGAAUUUGAAAACAUGCUUGUUGGUCAAGCUAUUCCAUCAAAUUUUAUCCCUGCAAUUGAGAAGGGUUUCAAAGAAGCUGCCAACUCUGGGGCGUUGAUUGGACAUCCAGUUGAAAAUCUCCGAGUUGUCUUGACAGAUGGUGCUGCCCAUGCUGUUGAUUCCAGUGAACUUGCAUUUAAGUUGGCUUCUAUCUAUGCUUUUAGACAGUGUUAUGCUGCUUCCAGACCGGUUAUAUUAGAACCUGUUAUGCUUGUCGAGCUGAAAGUACCAACAGAAUUUCAGGGAGCUGUGGCUGGUGACAUCAACAAGAGAAAAGGUGUGAUUGUUGGAAAUGAUCAGGAGGGAGAUGAUUCUGUCAUUACUGCUCAUGUUCCUCUUAACAAUAUGUUUGGGUACUCUACGUCUCUUCGCUCAAUGACACAGGAUGGGAUUUCUAGACAGAAAAACCUCAAUGAACUAUUGGAACGCACUGAGGUAUUACAACUUGAAAAGUGUUUGAAUGAGUAG